UCGCACGCCACUUCACUCUGUCUCCCCCCUCUCUAUCUCUAACCCUUUUCAAUAAAUUUUUUUUUUUAAAUUGUCCUUUUUUUGCUUCUAGAUUCUCUCUUCAACACUACAGUACUUCUUCACUCAUUACUCAUUGGCUAACUUCCGUCAUCUUCUUUCUUGUUGUUCUUCUCCUCCCAUUUUCCCAUAAAAGCUCAAGAAAGAACCAUAGAUUAGCCAGAGAUGAUCUUGCAUGAAUUUGUGCAGAAAACUUGUUGAAUAUUCAUCAAUUCGAUUGUAAAUGUGGAGAAUCGCAAUGGAAAAGCAAGGCGCAACCAAUAGACUAGAACCGGUUGCUACUGCUAAGGGAAAUUCAUGGGAUGAGAAACUAAUCAGUUUCAUGAGUACAUUUAGCGAUAACAGCAUCCCUUCGGAUGUUUUGGUUUUCGGAAACAACAGAUCAUCUAGUGUACACUCUUCGCUCAACCAACCGAAUGGAGGCUUAAGGGUUAAAGACUUACAAAUGCAUGGAGGACAGUAUGGUGAAGAUAACAUCUUUGAUGAAGCAGAACCAUCAUGGUUUCUUAAAUCAGACCAAAACUCUGAGCAAGAGCAUCUGAGGUUUUCAACUAUGGCUUCUCCAACGAGUAGAAAUAAGACACCAGCUACUCUUGCUUGCCAUUCAGCUGCAUUCACUCCAUACACUUCUCCAGAAUCAUCUUUUUGGGUUAACUCGCCUGAUCAAUGCAGUCAAACUUGGGCAAGUUCAUCGUUACAAAGAGCACGGCUGCCGCUGGAAUCGGCUGAAGAACCCGUGUAUGUGAAUGCUAAGCAAUAUCACGGAAUCUUAAGGCGAAGACAGUUACGUGUCAAGGCCGAAUUAGAAAAUAAAGCUUCCAAAAUAAGAAAGCCAUAUCUUCAUGAGUCUAGACAUUUGCAUGCAAUGAGAAGAGCAAGAGGUUGCGGAGGAAGGUUCCUCAGCAAAAAGAUGCAGCUGAACCACAACAACAACGACGACGACGACAACAACCAAACUGAUGAUCAUUAUCUUCAUCAUCGGAACAAUGAUGAUGCGAAUUCGGAGAAGAGCAUCAAUUGCAACAGUUAUAAUGCAUCUGUUCCGGACCAAACUGAUCGUCGCGAUCGCACGAUUUCAACCGGCUUAUCUCUUGGCUUGCAGCAGGCGUCAAUCCGAACUCUGCCGUAGGAAAACAUGCAUAUUCAAAAUCCCUUUCAUCACUGAAAGAAAGAAAUUGCAGAACAAGAGAGACAUUUUCACUGCAGAACUCAGUAGAUUUGUGCCACUCGGGACUUUUUCGUCCUGCAAUGUGCAUAAGAGGUAGUACAUAUAUGGGUUAAUAGGCAAGUAAAAAAAACCCUUAUAAUAGUGGCCAAAUACUUUGCUGAAUUGGUGUAUCAUUAUAGUAACUUGAGGUUGAUAUAACGGAAUUUGGCUCGGAUUUGAUAUUCACACACUAGCACCUUAUCAUACAAUAAGGUUGUCAUCCAGAUGUAUUUAAAUGAAAAACCGGGCGAAUAUAACAUAUUUGAAAAAUCA